AUGGAACCACGACAGCUCUUCAGCGACCCGACGGCCGAUCCGAUAUCUACCGCCGGGGCCGCCAGCAAUGCUCUCAGCUGCGCUUCUUUCAACCUCCCCGAAGGAGGCAUUCUCCAACUCCCCAAUGGCGAGAUCAUUACGCUUAGCGCUCCGGCCGCCUUCAAACCGCCAUCAUGCAAUCUCGCCCUUCGUUCCGUUCCCAACAUUAUUGCUUCUGGCGGAGUCGUAGGGAGGACUGCAAGUGGCACCAUGGGACUGAAAGCAGAUGACGACUCCCACUUUUCGGACUGGCGUGAUCCGUUCUAUGCGUCGACGUUUCCGCAAUGCUACGCUCUUGCGGCGACGACCAUUAUCGCAUAUACUUUGGUUAUCAUGCUCUUCAUCACGCCGAGGUCAUUUCUUGAUGGCGGAGUGGUUGUUCUGGGACGCAAAGGGUUCACAAAUGGCGGCGGCGGCACCAGCAUCGGAGGACGUCCUUGGUUGCAGAAAGUUGCAGCUCUCUCGGUCGCCAUUUCACUGACCAUUGCCAACGCAGCCACGUUUCGCGCCGCCGAGCAACAGUAUUCCUGGGGGGUUCAAAACGCCAAACAACUACAAGAAGAUGUUCUUGGUGGGGCCGAACUCAAAAUCAUCCGCAUUAUAUCCGACACCUUUCUAUGGCUCGCCCAAGCGCAAACUCUGAUUCGUCUGUUCCCGCGCCAGCGAGAAAAGGUGAUUAUUAAAUGGACGGCUUUUGCGCUCAUCACGUUGGACGUCAUUUUCCAAUCACUCAACAGCUUCAAAUAUGGUGGUUCCGACCUUACGCGGCCCAAGUUCACCGAGGCUGUGCCUGCCCUUAGUUAUCUGUUCGCCCUCGCUCUGGGGGUUCUCUAUGCUGCUUGGGUGUUAUACUACUCGAUUAUGAAGAAGCGGUACGCGUUUUACCACCCCUUGAUGAAGAAUAUGAUCCUCGUGGCUGUCCUGUCCGUGGUCUCCAUUCUCGUUCCUGUUGUGUUCUUCAUCCUCGAUAUAUCGAAACCUGACUUCGCGGGCUGGGGAGACUACGUCAGAUGGGUGGGGGCUGCUGCUGCUAGUGUCAUUGUCUGGGAAUGGGUAGAGAGAAUCGAAACAUUGGAAAGGGAAGAAAAGAAGGAUGGAAUAUUGGGAAGAGAAGUGUUCGAUGGAGACGAGAUGCUCGAGGCAUCACAAUCGGAACAUGCCUGGCCAAAGAUGAAGAGAAAGGGUUCGGGCGGUUCGGAUUCGCAGGAUACGGAAAGUGGUGGAGGUGGCAAGGACGGCGGGCCAAGCCUGUCGAGGUUUGGUGCUUGGUCGAAGAUUAGCACCUUGACAUCAAAGCACCGCACCGAGCCCAGCUCUAGAAACGAGCCUAACGAGGGAAGCUCGCCGGUGGCGGAAACUACAAAUGACGACGAGAGGCCACGGUUCUUAUCACCGCCGUUAUGGCCCGCACGACCAACUCCGGCAGCUACGUCAGUGAGCCGGACGGACACCACUAGCGCCGCGAGUACCAUGUACGCUGUCAGGUACCAUACCAUGACAGACCUGACAUCGUAUGGUACGCCACCACCGACACGCAAUAUGGGGCGCUUGUCGGGGAGCGAGAGUCGUGGUUCCAGUCGACAUAGAGACUAUGGGAGCGCGAGUCCCGGCUCAGCGCCUGCUCAGGAUGCUCGCUCAACACAAAACUCCCAUGUGGGGGCAAAAGCCUCAUCAGCAGGAAGCAGAUGGCACGCACUUGCACCAACAGUUUCGAGCAGGGAUUUCGUAACGCGUUCGGAGCCACGAAGCAGCAAGAUGCAGCGCGACGAGAAUUCUCGAUGGGAUCUCCGCGCUAGAGUUGAGGAGUUCGCAGCAACCCAAGCCGAGAAUCUACGCGAGAAGUUCCGCCCAACUCUGGAUACCAACAACUUGCCCGUCACCGUUAUCCCCGCGCCACCGCGAAGAGGCGCCGCCAUCGCCCAGCUCUGUGAGGAUGAAGAGCUUAAUCAUUCAUCAAGGGAGGGAACGGUUAGGGAAGAGAGCCGGAAUAGCAACGCUUCGGGAACGGUGGUUGCGGUAGGGGGGAGUCAGACGCCGAUACAAACUCCUUUUUCUCCUCCACCACGAGCGGCAAACAGCAGCAUGAGCACAGCGCAAAUGUCCCGGCCACAACUGAGUCCCAUCGUUACCCAGGGCUCAUUUACCAACAACAGGUAUAACCACCUGCCUGUGACGGUGAUACCAGCUCCACCACGGCAAGACCCAGCCAGAGCACCGUCGCAGCCGCAGUCACCGUCGCUAGUUGCUCUGGGUAAGCAACCAGCGAGAAGCGACUCCUCAACGACACCGUCUCCUUGACACGGCUGGCACGCCUUUUCUAUCUAUCAUCCUUGGGUAUUUUUGGGAUUGUUUCUACAUUUUUCUAUAGGAGAUACCACAUGUUACUGCAUUGUUUCGGCGUCUAGCGAGGAUCAAAAAAGGGCGUUUAGGAUGGAAGGUCGUAGGUGAGGUGGUCACCAUCACCGUCGGAAUGUUCGGGGCCCGCGGAAGGGGGAAGUGAGAGGCUACCAUAUAUGGUAUAUGUUUGGUCGUACAUUCAAUGGCAACUUUCUUGGAUGUUCA